UUAAGAUUGAUAGAUUGAUUUAAUUCUGAAAUUUAAAAAAUAAAAGUAAAAUGAAGUAGAUUGAUUCCACUGUAAAUCUAAAUGGAGAUCAUUUGAUAAUUAAUUCAUAACUUGUCUUAGAUUUUAAAUAAAAAGUUUAAAAUUGUUCUAGCAGUUAGUUAGUUUCUGAUAUAAUUGAUACUUUGAAGCAACAAAAAGAUUUAAGAACCCUCGUGAUCGAUCUUUAUAACAAAAAAAUUUAAGAUGAAAAUGCAUCUAAACUGUUUUUAGGAAUAUCUGAAUGCCCUAAUCUCACUAAUUUAACAUUAAAGCUAGAGUAUAAUAAACUUGGCUAUAUUUCUAAUGAUUUCUAUGUAGCUUUAUCAAAGCUUUAGAGUGUUUCAAAUUUAAAUCUUAAUUUAGGAAGCAAUUAUGUUGGUGAAAAUGGUAUACCUCUUUUAGGAUCUAACUUAGCUUUAUUAAAGAAUCUCAAAAUUUUGACUCUUAACUUGGACUGCAACAAUAUUGGAUAAAUAGGGGCUAGUCGACUAGGCUCUGCAUUAAUAAAUUUCAAUAAUCUUACUAGCUUGUUUCUCAGCCUUUAUUCUAAUAAUAUAGGAAAUAAUGGAGUGUUUGCUUUAUGCUCUUACAUUUCAGACAUUGAAAAAAUAGAAAAUUUAGAGCUUUGUUUUGGAACAAAUAACAUCCUCAUAAAAGGCGCAUAAGACUUAUUCGAUUGUUUAGCGAAUAGUAAAAAAUUAAAAAGCUUGGCUGUAGAUUUAGGAGGAAAUAAAAUAAGUGGAAAAUCUAAUUUUACAUAGUCUCUCUGUCAUUUAACUUUUCUUAAGAGUUUAAGCUUAAAUAUUUGGGGCUGUGAUAUUGGUAUUCAAGGUGGCAAUUUGCUAGCUUCUAGUUUAUCAAAAUGCAAAGCUCUAGCAGCUUUAUCACUUGAUAUUUCAUUCAACCAUAUUAAUGCAUAAAGUAUUAUUGAUAUAAAUCAAGCUUUGAUAGAUAAUUGUAAAAUAAGUAGUUUAUCUCUUAAAACUAGUUUCGCUGAUAUUGGUUAAGAAGGUUUGAAGAAUUUAAGCAGUUCUAUUAAAAAUAAUAAAAGUCUUCAUCAACUUACAAUUGAGUUUAAUGGUCAUUAUAUGGGAAGUGAAGCAAAUUAACUAUUGAAAAGAAAAAUACUAAAAAUGCAAAGACUUGUUAAGUUUGUUGAUAAAUGUGCUCCAGUUAUUAUUUAAUUAUGAAUAUACAUACAUUUUUUAUUAAAAAAGUAUAAUUCUUCAUCUUUAUCAUAAUUUAUUUUUACAUUUUUAAAACCAAUUUAUAAAAUAUCUAGCUGUAUUUGAAGAAAAAAUAUAUGUAAAAAGAAUUCUAUUUUGCAAAAAUAUUUUAUUUUUUU